CCUCUCUCUCUCUCUCUCUCUCUCUCUCUGGAUCUAUAGUCAAGUCCUCUAUCUCAAUGGCAGCCGCAACGUCCCUGAAGAGGAGAACACGAGCUCCAAAGCCUAUCUCUCCUCUAUCACUAACGGGCAGCAGUGACGAAGAACGAGAGUACGAUGAAACCUUUUGUGAGGAAUGCCGCUCCGGUGAUGCGGCUGACGAGCUUCUCCUCUGCGACAAAUGUGAUCGAGGGUUUCACCUCUUCUGCCUUCGACCCAUUCUUGUUUCUGUGCCAAAAGGGCUGUGGUUUUGCCCACCUUGUUCCAACCUGAAGAAACCCAAAAAGUUUCCUCUAAUCCAAACUAAAAUUAUUGACUUCUUUCGAGUUCAGAGGUCCUCGGAUUUGACACAGAAAUCCAAAAGUGGUAAUCAGAGAACAAGGAAACGAGCAGGUACUUUAGUGGUGUCAAAGAAAAAGAGAAAGCUAUUGUCGUUCAAGCCCACUGAGGACCCUGCAAGAAGAUUAGAACAGAUGGCAUCUUUGGCCACAGCAUUGACGGCAACGGGGACAGAUUUCAGUAACGAGCUUACUUAUAUGCCCGGCAUGGCUCCAAGGUCUGCAAACUGCCCACGUAUUGAAAAAGGAGGAAUGCAGGUUUUAUCUCGUGAAGAUACUGAAACCUUAAACCUCUGCAAGAAUAUGAUGGAAAGAGGAGAAUGGCCUCCCCUCAUGGUUGUUUUUGAUUCUCAAGAAGGGUUUACUGUAGAGGCAGACAGAUAUAUAAAAGAUUUCACAAUUAUCACAGAAUAUACAGGUGAUGUUGAUUACUUAAGAAAUCGUGAAAACGACGAUGGUGAUAGCAUGAUGACUCUUAUCUCUGCUGUUGAUCCUUCACAAAGCCUUGUUAUUUGUCCUGAUAAACGUAGUAAUAUUGCCCGCUUCAUCAAUGGAAUCAACAACCACACUCCGAAUGGGAAGAAGAAGCAGAAUUUGAAAUGCGUGAGGUAUAAUGUCAAUGGUGAGUGCAGGGUUUUACUGAUAGCAAAUAGAGAUAUACCAAAGGGGGAGAGAUUGUACUACGAUUAUAAUGGGCAGGAGCAUGAAUACCCUACUCAGCAUUUUGUCUGAAACUACAUUCUUUGACAACUAAUCCUUUACCCUUGGCUAAGGAGUAAUUGAUGACUUUGGAAUAGUUUAUUAGCUAAUCCUUUCCCAUGUAAGAUCAAAUUGACCUUUGUAAUACAACCAUUACCUCAUCAAAGGGUUAAUCUGAAGAGGAAAAAAAAUCUUUUUUUUUUUGUCCAAAGAAAUUAUAGGGAUCAUAUUUGUUUUGAGUCUUCUAAUUACAAAAGCAAGUAAAAUUCUUUUUCUGAUCUGC